UUGUCAGCGGGAGGAAUAGUGCCCCAUCAUUGGUAUCAGGGGGAGGAAUCGUGCCCCAUCAUUGGUGUCAGGGGGAGGAAUAGUGCCCCAUCAUUGGUGUCAGGGGGAGGAAUAGUGCCCCAUCAUUGGUGUCAGUGGGAAGAAACGUGCCCCAUCAUUGGUGUCAGUGGGAGGAAUCGUGCCCCAGCAUUGGUGUCAGUGGGAAGAAUC